AUGUCGGACGUGUUUUAUCUUAACGUUCCACGGAUACGUAUGCCGCGUGGGGCCUCAAGCGAGGUUCCUAGGGCUGCUGCGUUGCGGCUGCAGGAGGCUCUGCCGCAAGUGACGCGAGUGGCGACACCGGAUGGCGGCUGGGGGGUUCUGCCCAUGGCGGUGGGCAUUGUGGCGGUGGGCUGCGUCCUCUCAGCUGCGGUGCGGUUUUGGCAGUAUCAGCGACGGUGCGGGUCUGCGCUGACGCCUGGUGGUGUGUGUGUGCCGUGGAUGGGGCGGGGCCAACAGCUGCAGCGACGCAGGCUGCCUCUGUGGCGUCACCGUCGACUUGUGCAAAGCGCAGAUAUGGGCGGCAACCCCGCUGCCCCCAAGGAGGCGGUGGGGCCAGGCAGGGAGAAAGCUCCCCAGCCAGCUGUCGGUCAUUCGCCAGGUGCCAGUCGGAUUGGCGGUGACGAUGGUGACAACAGGGAUGGUGUGGAGCUCCCCCGGUCUGCUCACUAUGCGGAGAUGGCGGAUGCGCACUGUGACGCACUCGCCUCCUCCUCGCAGGAUUCCUCGCUGAUAUUUAUCACGACCACGGGAGAGCAAUACAAGCGAGUUUCACAGCUUGGACGCGGCGGCUUCGGCAGCGUCUACAAAUGCUUCAAUCUUACCACCGGCGAGGUUGUUGUUGUGAAGGAGGUGCGACUGGCGGAGCAUAGUGACAAGAACAGCAACAGCAGCAGCGCCGAGGAGCUGCGUUGCGAGUUUGAGUUGCUUUCCCGCGUCACCCACCCGCACAUUAUCCGCGUCAUUGGCUAUCAUGUAGGGCGACGGCACGCCCGAUUGUUCUUGGAGUGGGCUGCGGGAGGCUCCCUGAUGGACGUUGUGAAGGGCGUAGGCGCAUCCUUUGCGUCAGGUGUGCCGGAGGAUCUUGUCCACUCCUACGUUCGUCAGAUGUUGGAGGCACUGCAGUGCCUGCACGAGCACGGCAUCAUUCAUCGCGACAUCAAGCCGCAGAACAUGCUCAUUGACCACGCAGGCCGGCUGCGUGUGACGGAUUUCGGUCUCAGCCGCCUGAUUGGUGAGGGGGCGUCUGCUGUCGAGACGACGGUGGCUGGCACCCCACGAUACAUGGCGCCGGAGACCAUCAGUGGCGCGCGUUUCUCCUGUGGCAGCGAUCUUUGGGCGCUGGGCGCAGUCAUGUCGGAGCUCUUUACCGGGAGGCCGCCGUGGUCGCACCUGGAGACCCACCAGCUGCCAGCGCUACUGUACCGCAUUGCCAACCACCCCGAGGAGCAUCCCGUCAUUCCUGCCCACAUCAGUGCGGAAGCGAAGGACUUUAUGGCGCAGUGCUUUCGGCCGGAGCCCGCGGAUCGCGGCACAGCGGCCAGUCUCCUGCAGCACCCUUUCCUGACACGCGAGAGGCGCGGGCAACGCACAGCUGGCGAGUAA